AUGCCGGAUACAGGGGAUUCUGAGGAGGCCUUCUUUGCCUUCUAUCGCUACGACCCUAGCAUGAGUGCCGCCGUGCUUUUCACCCUCCUUUUCAUUGGCACAACUGGGUAUCAUGCUUUUCAAAUGUUUAAGACUCGAACGUGGUUUUUCAUUCCCUUUGUUAUUGGUGGCAUAUUCGAAAUCAUUGGAUAUAUCGGACGUGCAAUGUCCAGCAAAGAGACCCCAGAUUGGACUCUUGGACCGUAUAUCGUGCAGACGCUCUUUCUUUUGCUGGCUCCAGCCCUUCUAGCGGCCUCGGUAUAUGUGCUUCUUGGUCGCAUCAUUCUGUUGCUGCAAGCCGAAUCUCAUGCCCUGUUGGGGAGGAAAUGGUUAACUAAGAUUUUUGUAACGGGCGAUGUGCUCUCAUUCUUACUUCAAGGAGCUGGUGGGGGCAUUCAGAGCAGUGGAAAUUUAGACAACUUGAAGAACGGCGAGCGCAUCAUCGUCGUCGGCCUCUUCGUCCAAAUCUUCUUCUUUGCAAGCCAUUUUUACUGGAAGAUCAAGAAAUAUCCCAUCCCACGCUCUUGUACACCGGAAAUUCCCUGGGGCAAACACCUACAUGUUCUUUAUCUGACGAGCUUCUUGAUCAUGAUCCGCUCCGUUUUCCGACUGGCAGAAUACCUUCAAGGAAAUAACGGUUACCUCUUACACCAUGAGAUCUACUUAUAUAUUUUCGAUGCCCUUCUGAUGUUCAUCACGAUGGUCACCUUCAAUGUUGUACACCCUUGCGAGGUUGGGCGCCUACUGAGAAGUACCGUCAAUUACGAAUUGACACACAGGCCAGAGACAUGUGCUAAUAAGCCAUAUGCAAGCUCCCUGGUGAGGUGA